AGGGUGCGGGUGUGCUCGUUUUGAACACCAGUGAAUGCCGUAGCCAGCAGCUAGUGGCUCAAACUUCAAUUCGUAGAAAGUAUUACAUCUGAAGGCAGAAGGAAGGAAUCAAACAAGUGCAGGUCUGAAAAAAAAACACACCUGUGCACGAUCACCUUUGGACCUGCGCAAUGCAAAAACUCCAGCUUUUAAAGGAAACUUUCUUUGGCUUGGAUGCUGCCAAACAGAGGCUUAUGAUAGGCUCGGCUUUGGCAGCAGGAGGGAUCCUGGCGUACGUGGUGCACAAAAGAAGACAAGUGAAAAGUAUUCCCCUUGGUGAAGGAUGGUGGGGAACAGGAGAGAAACCAGUGUCAGAGGAUGAUAACGUCUAUCCAUUUCAAGUGCAGACCUCAGAUGAAGAGAUUAAGGAUCUUCAUGAGCGCAUUGACAGAACCCGCUAUGCUGAUCCUUUAGAAGACAGUGGCUUUCAGUAUGGCUUCAACUCCAUUUAUCUCAAAAAAGUGGUUUCCUAUUGGAGACAUGAGUUUGACUGGAAGAAGCGGGUGGCAGUGCUUAACAAGUAUCCACACUUCAAAACUAAAAUAGAAGGACUGGAUGUGCACUUCAUCCACGUGCGGCCACCGCACCGUGAGAAUCAGAAGGUUCUGCCUCUUAUGCUCAUUCACGGCUGGCCUGGCUCCUUCUACGAGUUCUACAAGAUUCUGCCGCUUCUCACAGAGAACCAGGAUGGUCUUGUGUUUGAAGUCAUAUGCCCAUCAAUCCCUGGCUACGGUUUCUCAGAUGCUCCUCACAAAAAAGGAUUUGACAGUCUCGCUGCUGCCCGAAUCUUCCUGACACUGAUGGAGCGAUUGGGGUUCUCCCAGUUCUACCUGCAGGGAGGAGACUGGGGCUCCCUCAUCACCACCAACAUGGCACAAAUGAAGCCUCAGUGUGUGAAAGGACUUCACCUAAACAUGUUUAUGUCAAGAAAGGGGUUCAAAGUGCUGUUGUCCCUCAUGAUUGGUCCAUAUCUGCCCUUCCUCGUGGGCUUUAGUCGGGAAGAUGUUCGCCGGUUGUUCCCUUUCUUUGAGAAGAAUGUCUGGGAGAUCUUGAAGGAAUCUGGCUACUUUCACAUCCAGGGCACUAAACCAGACACCGCAGGCUGUGGAGUGAAUGACUCUCCUGUAGGCUUGGCGGCCUACAUUCUGGAGAAGUUCUCCUCUUGGACUGAUCUGAAGAACAGAGAUCUGAUGGAUGGUGGGCUGGAAAGGAAAUUCAGCCUGGAUGACCUCUUGACAAAUAUCAUGAUCUACUGGACCACAGGCUCCAUAGUCUCCUCCAUGCGCUUCUACAAAGAGAACUUAAAGACGGACCCUGAAAAAAGAGUGGAUGGAAGGACAGGGAUAUUUGUGCCCACUGGACUCGCUGCCUUCCCUAAUGAGCUGAUGCACUGCCCUAAGUCGUGGGCACAAAUAAGAUACCAAAACAUCUACUCCUACACCUUCUUGCCCCAAGGUGGUCACUUUGCUGCCUUCGAGGAGCCCCAGCUACUAGCCAGUGACUUUGUCCAGUUUGUCAAGAAAGUGGAGGCAUCCUGAACCUGUUGAUGCACCCUCAGAGCAAUGUGGUCAUGGUACAUCUGUUCUUUAUUACUGCUGCUGUGUUUGAUUUUGAUUGAUCAUUCCAAAUGGGACACAAAUGCAUCAUUAUUACCAAUAACGUUCACAUUACAAUGAAUCUCACUGCUUGAGUUCCUCCAAAACUGCAGCAAUAUCAAAAUCAUUUUAAUAAAUGUAAACAUGUAUAUACACAGACGACAUUGGCAAUGUAUCCAAAGAUUGGAUUCAAGAAAGCGACAUAAUGCAUUCAAUCUUUUAAGUUAUGCAGAUUAAAAAUAUAUUGCACCAAUAUUAA